CUCCCCCAGCUGCGCUUCCCAAGGCAGUCAGUCAGUCCCACACAGCGUCCACACUGCACUGGCCCUCAGUUCAUCUUUCAGCUUUCCCGUUUCUUACAGUCGCAACGCAACCAAACAACACGGGGGACACGGCGGGGAAGCCUGUUUUCGUUACGCAUUUCUCGGGUGGCUGGUCGUCCAACUUCUCUCGUUGUUGUUGUCGUCGUCGUCAAGUCAAAUCAACCACCGAAACACAUUCGUUGAAACAUCUUCAUCAACACUUUCGUUUUCGCCAAUCAAUAGGUAUUCUAUCGCGUAUCCGAAUUACACAGCGCGCUUGUCCGACCUUCGCUCAACGGCAACCUCUCGUCUCUUUCCCGCCCAUUCCAGACUCGGGACUAUUUUACAGUAGCACAGACUCCACUAGGCGCCCGUCUCACUUGAACAAACCGAGACAAGAAUACAAAAAGAGACACAAUCUUCUCCCUAAUCUCACGCACCUUGAUUAUUAUUAUUUUUUUUCCCUCCCGCGACGACAGUUCGAGUUGUCGAACCUGCCGAGGCCGUGAAUUGACACCGAGCCGACAAAUCCCCCUGUCCUCUCUCUCGGCCCCGCCCCGUUGCGUCGCUUUUUCCUUUUUUUUUAUCCCCCGGACCCGACGACACCCACGAAGCCCUCGCCGAACGACGCUUAGCUUGACCCGGCCCUCGACGGCCUCAUAUAUCGCCAACCAUGGGCAAAUUCGGAGAUUUCAGCAGCAUAUGUCGCAUGGCGCCUAUUCCUCUAUGCGCGUCAGUUGGCCCGAUAACAUCGAUUGCCACCGGCGUCGGCAUUGAGCCGGACUGCUAUGCGCGCAACAUUGAGGUGGCCAACACCAUCAUCUUCCAGGGCGCGGCAAGCGUGAUGCACAUUGUUGCUCUAGUCAUGACGGUGGUCAUGUUGUUGCAUGUGAGGGGGAAGUUCACUGCUGUCGGCCGCAAAGAAAUCACCACCUUCUUCUACCUUUACAUGAUCCUCACCUUCCUCUCCCUCUGUAUCGAUGCCGGCGUCAUCCCCCCGCACUCGGGCUCUUACCCCUACUUCGUCGCCGUGCAAGCUGGUCUCGCCUCCGCCCUGGUCACCUGCCUAGUGAUUAACGGCUUCGUCGGCUUCCAGCUCUAUGAGGACGGCACUCCUCUCUCGUUAUGGAUGCUCCGCCUCUGCUCCUUCGUCGCUUUCGUCAUCUCCUUCCUCGUCGGUCUCGCCACGUUCAAAUCCUGGGCCGGCUUGGGUCCCACCAACACCGUCGGCAUAUUUGUCGUGCUCUACUUUCUCAACGCCCUCCAGCUCCUACUCUACGUAGUGAUGCAGAUCAUCCUCGUUACCCGCACUCUCCAGGACCGUUGGCCUCUGGGUGACAUUGCCUUCGGCCUCUUCUUCUUCAUUGCCGGCCAAGUCAUCCUUUACGCGUUCAGCUCGCCCAUCUGCGAGGGCAUCUCGCACUACCUGGACGGUCUCUUCUUCGCCACGACGUGCAACUUGCUGGCCGUGAUGAUGGUGUACAAGUACUGGGACUCGAUCACCAAGGAGGACUUGGAGUUUUCGGUGGGCACGAGGAUGAACAACUGGGAGGUCAAGGAGUUGCUGCCACAGGGUCCGGAGGAGGACAGGAGGGCGACGGUCUAUGCGGAUCCGAUUUACGAAGGCCAUUAUGCUUCCGGGCCCGGAACGGGAAGUGGUGCGAGCGCCAGCGGUUAUGAGGGAGGACAUCACAGACGGGAGAGUCAUGGGUAUACGCCUAGUCCCAACAGGCAGUCCUUGAGGUAUUAGAACGCCUAAGACGGCCUGGGACAUGUUGAGGGAAAAAAACAAAAAAGAAAAAAAAGUGUAGAGAAGGAGAUGGAUGUUAUGGACAGGGAAAGGGAUGGAUUGUGGAUGUGUCUUCAGACGGUUGAUUGAUACCAUGUGCUCACGGCACUCUUGUCAUGUUGCUUGCUUGUUUUGGUUGGGCGGGCGCAAAAAUGCAUAACGCAGCUAUCUUUGAUGAUUUUCGGUACGGGGGUUUUUCUGGUGGGAAAGCAGCAAGCGAAGCAUUCCCAACAGACAGCGUGUUGGUAAUUCAUCAAUUUUUUUUCUCCUUUUUUUCAUCUUUUUUUCUCUUCCUUUUGGUCGGCGUUAAUGGCAUUUCAUCACGGGAGAACGGACGGAGAAACGGGGGUACGUACGUUUGUCAUGGGGCAUGUCGUCGUCCAACAACAACGACGACGACGAGAACACUUAACUACCUAACCUGAUAGGAUAUUUCUCUUAUAAUAAUACUCUUACAAGAAGAAGACAUUAAUAGCAUUAUACCACUUUACAUUUG